CGGGGCCGGACCAGGCGCUUUUGUUCGGGCGGCGACGGGAGAGGAAAGAGAGAGAGGGAGAGAGAGAGAUGGCGUUUGUACCGGGACAGCCCGUCACCGCCGUGGUGCAAAGAAUUGAAAUCCAUAAGCUUCGUCAAGGUGACAAUUUGAUUCUGGGAUUCAGCAUCGGGGGUGGCAUUGAUCAGGACCCUACCCAGAAUCCUUUCUCUGAAGACAAGACUGACAAGGGUAUCUACGUAACGAGGGUGACAGAGGGAGGCCCAGCAGAAGUUGCAGGACUCCAGAUUGGAGACAAGAUCAUGCAGGUGAAUGGCUGGGAUAUGACAAUGGUGACCCAUGACCAGGCUAGGAAGAGGCUGACAAAAAGGAACGAGGAGGUGGUACGGCUGCUGGUGACCAGGCAAUCCCUGCAGAAGGCUGUGCAGCAAUCCAUGAUGUCCUAAUCCAUCAUGGAGCUGGGGAAGGGUUAGGGAGGGAGAUGUAUAGACUGGUAUCAAAGAAAGAAGCAAAUGCUAGACUGGAACAGGUUGUCUGGAAGGGUUGCACGUUCCUACCUGUGGUAAACACUACUUUAUUUUAACUUCCUCUGGUGUAACUGGCAGUAGUAAAACAAUAGUCCCCUCAGCAGAGUGCUUCUCUAAAGUCUGCCCUGCAGGUACAUGGCAAGACUUUUGUCAUCAUGGCUUUUGGGACAGGACAAACUGUAGUUACCUAAGAGCAACUGGAAAAGCCUUAAUUUUGACAGGAUUCUCCUGUAACACAAAAGCUUCCUAUUUUAAGAGGAAAUGUGGCUUCUGCUAUGAAAAACCAGAGGGUUUGCUGUGCCUAAGCUUUUAGAAGUGAGCUGUCCUGUCCCUUCCAUGCUAUCAAAUUAAAAUGCCAGAACUAAGAGUUGCACACUGCUGUGGGGGGGAGCACUGUACUAAUCCCACACCGUGUGCGAGCUGCAGAGUGUGCUGAAGGGUUUGGGGCAUUACAGUUCCCUGCAGAGAUUCCAUGUACAAAGCAGCCUCUUCAGACAAGAAACAACUGAGUAGCACAGAAGUAACAGAUUAAUCUUUGUGAAGUACACUACAGCUUCAUGGACACUACAGUUCAGCCUCCCUGGCAGAGUAAAACCUUAAUUUUCCUUGUUCCGCAGUAAUUUGGAGCAUCAGAUGAACUGAGUUUAAAUUAAAGGAAUAUGGAGCAGGAAAGAAAACAAUGUUGCUGAACUUACCAAAAAAAAAGCUGCUUGUAUCUGUAGAGUUUUCAGUUCUUCAUUCCACUUCUGUCAGACUUGAAAUGGGAGGGGUGGAUUUUGGUUUGUCUUCUAGAAGACUUUGUGUAAAUCACUGAUUUAUUGGAUGGAAGAUACGAAUAUGCCAGUAACUUGCAAAAGUGCCUCUUGACCAAAUUUAAACUUCUGGUAGGAUGCUAAGUUGUUUAAAUCAACAUGCCACCAGGAUUGAGGAUUCUUGCUGCAACACUAAGUUCAUGAUCUGGCAUCCUGUGGUUUGUUAGCCAGCCAGCUUUACAGUUACCCAAAAACUGGAGUUUUUAAUCCUCUUCAGUUGAUUUAUACAUAUCUAUACUUUCCUUAAGCAGUCUUCAGGUAAGCUGUUGUAAAUAGAACGUGAGGAGGAGGCAGACUAACUUAUUCAGUACAUUACUGCUGUGCCAUGUUGUGAUUGAUGCAUCUCAGACUGUUCUAUGCACACCAGCAGAUGCCUAUUUACCAAUUUUAUAUCUAUGGAAUGACUACAAUCCUGCUUUUGAAUUUUUGUAACUUAAGAAUUCCGUGGUAAAUUUUAAGUCUUUCAAGCUGAAGUUAUUUUUGUUACUAUAAAGGAUACACUGCUAUUUGUACUGCUAUUUCACUUGAUUUUACACACAAUAAAACAAAGUUGGAUUUCCUGA